AUGGAUCUAUUCAUCCUCGCCUCUUCGCCCGUCAUAAAUGCCAUCCAGGCCGUGUUUGGUAUUCCUGACGAAGACGCCGCGUUGCCGCGUAUGAAUCAGCCUCAGAUGAGUGAUCCCCUACAGCUUUCCGGCGCUCGCUCACCAUCAGCUCAUACAGCUUCCAACGUCCCACGCAUCAACGGCUCGUUCACUUCGUUCUGUGUUAGCAGUAAGUCGCGACCAAUUACUUGUACUAAUUGUGGAACAGUGAACGGCUUUCAAGUUGUCGGUCCAUACAUUAUGCCAGGCACCGCACAGCUAACAUGUUCAUAUUUACAUUCCCAGCGAGACGACACCCUACCAGAUUACGUCGUUCUUCGUUCGGAUGCCAGAUAA